CCCCGGCCGGCGGCGGCGGCGGUGCGGGGCGCUGGAGCCGCGGCAGGAUGAACCCCAAUGUCACCUACGCCAGUCGCAAGCGGCGGAAACCUGUGCAGAAAAUAGUAAAGCCAUCUCCAGCUGAAGGAGUUAAAUCCAAUCCCUCCAAGAGGCACAGGGACCGUUUGAAUGCGGAGUUGGAUCGCUUGGCAAGCCUUCUGCCCUUCCCUCAAGAUGUUAUCGCCAAAUUGGAUAAGUUGUCUGUGCUUAGGCUCAGCGUCAGUUACCUGCGAGCCAAGAGUUUUUUUGAUGUUGCAUUAAAAUCUUCAAACUCUACAAUACUAGAAAGAAAUGGCAUUCAGGAAAACAGAACAGGAAAACUUGGAGAGGGGAUGCAGAUCCUGGAAGGAGAGCUCUUACUGCAGGCAUUAAAUGGAUUUGUAUUAGUUGUGACGGCAGACGCUCUGGUUUUUUACGUCUCAUCUACUAUCCAAGACUACCUGGGUUUCCAACAAUCUGAUAUUAUACACCAGAGUGUAUUUGAAUUGAUUCACACUGAAGACAGACCUGAGUUUCAACGUCAGCUACACUGGGCACUAAAUCCUGCCCAGUCUUCAGAUUCUGGACCAAGUGUGCAAGGAGAUAAUGGCUUUUCACAGCCAGCAAACUAUUAUAACCCAGACCAACUUCCUCCAGAGAAUUCUUCCUUUAUGGAAAGGAAUUUCAUCUGCAGAUUACGAUGUCUCCUGGAUAACUCAUCUGGGUUUCUGGCUAUGAAUUUUCAAGGACGAUUAAAGUUUCUCCACGGACAAAACAAGAAAGGGAAGGAUGGUACUGCAUUGUCUCCUCAGCUGGCUCUGUUUGCAGUAGCUACUCCCCUGCAACCACCUUCCAUCCUUGAGAUACGAACCAAAAACUUCAUCUUCAGAACAAAACACAAACUGGAUUUCACACCUAUUGGCUGUGAUGCAAAAGGAAAGAUUGUCUUGGGAUACACUGAAGCAGAGCUGUGUAUGAGAGGAACAGGAUACCAGUUCAUUCAUGCAGCUGAUAUGCUUUAUUGUGCUGAAAAUCAUGUCCGAAUGAUGAAGACAGGUGAGAGUGGAAUGACUGUCUUCAGGCUUCUAACCAAAGAAAAUCGGUGGGCCUGGGUACAGGCAAAUGCACGCCUUGUCUAUAAAAAUGGAAGACCAGAUUACAUCAUUGCCACGCAAAGACCUCUUACAGAUGAAGAAGGAGCAGAACAUCUACGGAAGCGUAACAUGAAAUUGCCCUUCAUGUUUGCCACUGGUGAGGCUGUGUUAUAUGAGGUAACUUUCCCCAUGUCCAGCUUAUCAGAUGCCUCUCAGCCAAGGAGUAAAACCACCACAGGAAAAGGAGGCAAAACUACAUUACACGGGGAUUCUGUGGAUCCAAAUUCCCUUCUAGGUGCCAUGUUAAGACAAGAUGAGUCUGUGUAUCUCUGUCCUCCAGCAUCACACAAACUUUCCUUUGAGCGGAACUUCUUUGCAGACAGCAGGGAUGAACUGAGUGGUGUUGUUAGCAAUGACUGGACAGAUAGUCUCCUACCUGCUGGAAGUCACAAUGUUCUCAAGCAGGAACUAAUGGAGUGUUCCCAGGACAGCAGUGUGCCACUUCCUGAAGACAGUGCAGCGCUCUUUCAAGAUAACAAAACAAAUGAUUUGUACAGCAUCAUGAAAAAUCUGGGUAUUGACUUUGAAGAUCUAAAGUGUAUUCAGCAGGAUGAGGAGUUUUUUAAAACUGAACUAUCUGGUAUGGAUGAUAUUGGGGACAUCGACAUAACUGAUGAAAUCCUGACUUAUGUGCAGGAUUCCUUAAAUAAGUCUGACUUCUUAUACUUGGGCUGUAACCAGCAGCAGCAGCCCCUGGUCCAGAAUGCCGGUUGCUUGGUACAGCAAGAAUUAGAUCAGCAUCAAAUUCAUCAGCAUCAGAAACAGCUCAUGGAGCAGCAGCAACAACAGCAACAGCAUCAGCUCUGUCAGAAAAUGAAACACAUGCAAGUCAAUGGGAUGCUCACAAAUUGGAGCUCUGGCACCAGCAUGCCUCUUUGCUCACAGCAGCAGCCCCAGCAAUACACAUUCCCUGGCAUGCAAGCCACGGCUGCUGAGUUUUCUUACAAAUCAGAAGUAAACACUUCACCUUAUGCAUGCAGGCAAGAAUUUGUUCCGUACAAGCAACCCACAGCAAUGAUGCCACAGCUUUCUAACUUUUCCCAAAUGGAAUUCCCUAUAGCAGGACUUGACAGAUCAGCCUAUUCUGCUUCUUCCAACUUGGAGGAUUUUCUUGGUUGUUUGCAGCAGGUCCCUGAAAAUCUUGACUGUGGGAUAAACUCUGAGUCGGUUAUGCUAACCCCCCAAACAUGUUAUGCAGGUGCUGUUUCUAUGUACCAGUGCACACAAGAAGCACAGCCAAACUGCAUGGAUCAAAUGCAAUAUGAUCCCAUGAUGGCAAAUCAGCAAACAUUGUUAAACAAGUUCCAAAAUGGUUUCAAUGGAGGAAAUGUAAAUGAAGCAUAUCCCUCUCAGUUAGAUGUGAUAAGUAAUUCACAGACUGCCACACAUCUUCAACCUGUUCAUCAUCCAGCAGAGCCCAGAUCCUUCCCAGAUUUGGCAUCUAGUGGAUUUAUGUAAUUCAGAUCUAGAGCUCCAUCUGUGAUUUUGUCUGGGUAUCAGGCUGCUCUGAGGAAAAGCUUGAUAAGUCUGUCUUUCAACAUUGGACUUCAACAGCUAAAUUAGAUUUUGAAAAGGUUGAUUGCACUAUGUACUGGUGGAUAUGUAAUCCAAGACCCUAACUUUUUAGGGUGGCAGGUGGAAUUAAAACUCUUGACUUAAAAGUAUGCACGUGCUGUUUUCCAUCAGACUGACUGUGUCAUUGUGAUAUGGAUUACAUAUGUACUAAAGACUAUGUCAUGCUAUACAACAUAAGAUAAGGCAAAUGGUUUUGUUAUUUAGAAAAAUAAUUGGGCACUUUACAAAUAGCAUCAUUGGCACAAGAAAGAUAAUUUCACACUUGGAUUAUUUCCGGACUUCAUGAAAAAAAAAAAAAUUAAAAAUUAAAAAGCUCUGAAUUCAUGAGAAUCAAAAGCACUUCAUUUAAUGCAUACUAAGCUCUUUAAUCACUUAUUUUAUAUGUAAAUCCUUUUGUUUUAAGUCUCCAUUUCUAGCACUUUAAUAGAAGGCUUAAUACAAGGAUAUGAUAUGCAACUUCAGGUUUUCUAUGAAACAGAUCCCUUGCAUUCCUCCUUUUCUUGUCAACCUUAAGUGCCUCACAGUUUAGCUACUUGUUUCUGACAGAAGCUUGUCUUAGCAAAACUCACUAUAAAUGUCAUCCAUAUUCUGUGAACGUUUAUCUAACAUCUACAGUGCUACUGGCUGUAUCCUUUUCUCACCCCAAAGACAAUUUAUUUAGAGUAUGACUUAAUUCUUUAUCUGUGAAUUUGUUACACUAUGAUCAGGAGCUAUUACUGUUCUGAAUUUAGUUCAUCAAAAGAGUUUUGGUUUAUUCUGUACUGCUUUUCUGCUUUCUUCAGGUAAUACAGGGUAUGUUAAAAAAGCAGAUUUUGCUGAGGGGGAAGAGCAGUUCCUCAGGAUUAGUUUUAGAUUAUUAAUGUUGAAAAACAUGUGCCUUAUCUUGUGUUAAAACACUCAUAAUGUUCUUUAGAAAUAAUGCAAGGCUGCUCUAUGCAAAUACUUUCAUUAAAAUGGAUAUUGAAAAGAUUUGCAUUUUAAAUAAGGGGGAAAGGAGUCUCAAUAACGAGUGGUAUUGACACUUUGACCGCAGGUUUCAAUGUUCAUAGUGGGGAAGGGUUCAGUUUGGGUUAAAAUUUUAUUCCUAGCAACUUGCACUGCAACGGGCCGAGAGGCUGUUCCUUUAAUGUAUGUUGGACCCACUUCAAGAGCUUUGUGCAAAAUAUGAAAAUGGGAAAGGAAACAAAAACUCAUUAGAGAAAUUCCGCUUUUAAUUGGUUUGAUUUUCAAGAGGUUAAAAAAAAAAAAAAAA